AGUGUACAUAUCGCAAAUUAUAUGCCCCUGCAUCUUAUCUUGAAGGCUUUGUUAACCUCUUUAGAAGUUUAAAUAUCCAUCGGGCUCGGAGAAGGAAUUCCGAUAGGUGCACUGUGCAGCCGCUUUCAGCUUUGUUUAGAGGAGUAAAAGAUACCUUUUUCAUCAUGCCGUCCCUUGGAUACUGGAAAAUUAGAGGGCUUGCACAACCUAUUAGAUUGUUGUUAAAUUAUGUUGGAGAAGAAUUUGAUGAUGUCCAGUAUGAGCAGGGCGAUGCACCAGAGUACAGCCGGGAUGCCUGGUUGUCUGUUAAAGACACGCUAGGACUAGCUUUUCCUAAUCUUCCAUACUACAUUGAUGGGGACAUCAAAAUCACCCAGAGUAACACAAUCCUUAGGUACAUUGGGGAUAAGCACAAUCUCUUGGGUAAGUCUGCCCAUGAGAAAGUGGACUGUGAUAUGAUGGUAGAGAAUGCUAUGGACUUCAGGAACGGGGUCGUACGACUGUGUUACAACAGGGACUAUGAGAAGCUUAAAGAAGAUUACUUUAACAAUGUCAAGGACAAACUCAAAUCGUUCGAAUCAUUCCUCGGAAGUAAACCUUGGUUUGCUGGAGAAAAUAUAACGAUCUGCGACUUCCCUAUGUACGAGCUGUUGGACCAACACAAACUGAUGAAGCCAGGAAUUUUGGACGACUUCCCGAACCUCGUCAAGUUCACCGAGAGGUUCGAGGCUCUCCCGAAAAUCAAGGCCUACAUGGCGUCGGACAAAUUCAUGAGGAGACCUGUCAACAACAAAGUCGCAGGAUUCAAGUGAUAUUUCUGUUUCUAUUGACUAACCGUAGAUUUAUAGCGACGUAGUAAUGCACUGCAUUGGAUUCAUUAUAACCAGUAGUAAGCCAUAAAUCAGAAAUAUUUGUUCUGUUUGACACAGAAAUAAGUAUUUUAGUCCUUUUGCACAUUAUAUACGGAAACAAAAUAAUAGGUGCUAUGUAGUUGUUACUUUUUAUUUUCCAAAUUUUUUUGUUUUGAUAAAGGUUGUAAUUUGAAGUAUUUAGUACAAGGAAUGCCUCUUAAUUACUUUUCUAAUCAGUACUUGAAAAAGGUUGUUGCAUUUACUGAUUUGUUAUAUAAUUUUCUGACAAUUAUUUUGAAUUUAUACUAAUUUUAUGUUUCAAACAUACACAGUUUACAGUUUACCUUUAAUCCACUAAUAUUUGUUUAAUGAGAAAUAACCUUUGCUGGUAUGAAUUUUAAUUUUUGAGUGAUCCUGUUUGUUAAAUGCAUGAAAAUAAGACAUUUUCCAUGGACACCAUUAUUAUUGUCUUGUCAGUUUCAGAGUGCUAAAAAUUCUCAGUACAGAAUACCAUUAAACCUGAAAAAGUGUGGUGAAGGGUAAUGAAAAGUUUUCAGGACCAGUUUAAUUAAUCAUUAAAUAAACAAUCCCGUCUUCCAUGAA